AUGGCCAAUUGUCUACCAAGUAUCCAGUCUGAGGACCUGAGCCUGCAGCCCAAUUGUUCAGGGUAUGCCCUGGAGGUGAUAGUGGAUGAAGAAAUCCCAGGACCAUCAGCUCCCUGGGUAGAGUCUAGCUCCCAGCCUCACUUUCCUGGCUGGGAGAGGGAUUGGUCAACAGUAUUCGAGGAGGACCUAACCCCAGAAGUUGAGGAAACCUGGGUGGUAGAGACUCUUUGUGGGCUCAAGAUGAAGUUGAAGAGACAGCAGGUGUCAUCUGUUCUGCCUGAACACCAUGAAGUCUUCAACAGGCUGCUUGAGGAUCCUGUAAUUAAAAAAUUUCUGGCCUGGGACAAAAACCUGAGAGUCUCUGACAAGUAUCUCCUGAGCAUGGUCAUUGCAUACUUUAGUAGGGCUGGCUUCUUCUCCUGGCAGUACCAGCGGAUCCAUUUCUUCAUAGCUCUCUACCUGGCCAAUGACAUGGAAGAGGACAACCAGGCCCCCAAACAAGCCAUGUUUUCAUUCCUCUAUGGGAAUAACCAUUCCCAGCGCCUGUUGUUCCACAAACUAAGAUUUCAAUUCAUCAGAUCAAUGCGCUGGAAGACCAGGGUUUCCCCGGAAGAGUGUGAAGAGAUCCAGGCUUAUGACCCGGAGCACUGGGUAUGGGGGCGAGACCGCACCCUUAUCCCCACCAUUAUCCCCUAA